AUGGCAUCAGAACAUAAGGAUUGUGAUGGAAGAAUUCGAUGUCCUUGUGUGAGAUGUAUAAAUAGUAGGUUUGAAAAAAUAGAUAGGGUUAGAGCACACGUAUUUGAUCGAGGUUUCAUGGAAGGAUAUGAGAAGUGGAUUUAUCACGGCGAGCCUGAGGAUGUUGUCGAUGAUGUAGCAGUUGUCGAUGUUGAAUUAGAGGAUGAAAUGAUUCCUAUUCUAGAAGACUUCUUUCCCCCAACAACAGAGGAUGUACAAGGAGAAGAUGAACAACCAACCACAAACCCUCAUUUUGAUGACUUAUUUGAGGAAAUUGAAGCUGAAUUGUAUCCCGGUUGUGAUUGGAUUUCGUCUCUCAACUUUUUAGCAAAGCUAUUGCAUUUAAAAGUUAGAGGAAAAAUUCCUAAUAACAUCUUUGAAGAAUUGUUGAAGCUUUUAAAGUUUGCAUUUCCGAAGGAAAAUAAUAUUCCAGCAACUUACUACGAGGCAAAAAAGAGAUUGAAGAAAUUAGGCUUGGGUUAUGACUCUAUCCAUGUCUAUUUGUAUAAUUGUUGCCUAUUUUAUAAGGAGAAUGCAUCCAAGGAGGCUUGUCCAGUUUGCGGAACUAGUCGUUGGGUUACUUCCGAGAACGGCAAAGCAAAAAAAGUUCCUUGCAAAGUCAUGCGAUACUUUCCGUUGACACAUCGACUUAAAAGAUUAUAUAGUUCGAGGAUUACAGCGAAGAGCAUGAUAUGGCAUCAUACUGGAAAAUCAAAAGAUGAUGUGGUGUUGCGACACCCGGUCGAUGGUUUAGCUUGGAAAGACUUUGAUGUAAAACAUCCCGAGUUUGCAAGGGACCCAAGAAAUGUUCGACUUGGGUUAGCUGCUGAUGGAUUUAAUCCAUUUGGCAACAUGAGUCUUCCAUACAGCAUGUGGCCAGUGGUGUUGGCUAACUAUAAUCUACCACCUUGGUUAUGUAUCAAAGAUAACUAUUUUUUGCUAUCUACACUAAUUCCUGGUGCAAAAUCUCCUGGCAAAGACAUGGAUAUAUUUUUAAGACCUUUGGUGGAUGAAUUAAAGGAGUUGUGGAAUAAUGGGGUACCAACGAGAGAUAGUUCGACCAACUCGAUGUUCACCAUGCGUGCUGCACUUUUGUGGACAGUGAAUGAUUUUCCUGCUCGUAGUAGCUUGUCUAGGUGGAGUGGUCAAGGUUAUAAAGCUUGCCCUACUUGUAAUGAAGACACGACGUCCAUUCGAGUGAUCGGGAAGACAUCAUAUGUUGGUCAUAGAAGGUUCUUGCCAAGUAACCAUGCAAUGAGAAGGGAUACUCGAUUUGAUGGUAAAGUUGAAAGAAGACCUCCUCCAAGACGAUUUACUUGUGAAGAGAUAUUAUCACAAGUUAAUAAUCUCGAACCCCAAAUUCUCGGACAUCAUGAAAAUUUUGGGGGAGUGAAACGUAGAAGAGUUGCAGAAACUUGUAAUUGGAGGAAAAAAAGUAUUUUCUACGAGUUGGAGUAUUGGAGCACGAAUAUUUUAAAACACAACAUUGAUGUCAUGCAUGUUGAGAAGAAUGUGUGUGAUAGUCUCCUAGGAACCAUCUUGGAUAAUGAUAAAUCAAAGGACACAACCAAUGUGCGACAUGAUUUAAAGAAGAUGGGUAUUAGGGAAUCGUUGUGGAUUUAUGAAGAUGGGAAUGGCAGGCUAAUGAAACCGCAUGCUCCUUAUGUUUUGACUCGUGAGAAAAGACAACUUUUUUGUCAGUUUGUUAAAGGAAUAAAGUUUCCCGAUGGCUUCUGUUCAAAUUUAAAGAGCAAAUUUUUCUCCAGAUGA